AUGUCGCGAAACCAUCAAGAAAGUGGAGAAAUAUCACUGAGUAUUGAAGAAACAAAGUAAGCCAUAAAACAUACUGAUGAAUGUGUACAUGUAAGGGGUGACUAUGGGGGAAAUUUUAACUACUGCAGUAAUUAUUGUAUUGCAAUAGACCACAUGGAUAUGUUGAUAGUAUUGCGAUAGUGGAGGUACUAUUGCAAUAGUAUUGUGAUAGUUUUCUGGAAUAUCUGUUUUUAAUUAAUGCUUUAUAUUUUAAGAAAUAACUGAGAAGUGGUGGUCAUACAAUACAGUUACUACAGGUAUGCGGUUCAAGAAUCAAGGCGCUAAAAGCUAAAUUUGUGAUCCAGACCCCUGCUUCCAGACCUGAAUUAAUGUAAUUGAAGGGACCAAUCUGUUAAUAAUAAGAUGUCACCAUGCACCAAUCAGUAGGGAGCUGUAGUAACGACGAGGGUGACGGCAGUAAGAACAUCAGAAAAGGAAUAGGUUUAAUCAGGAAAACAACAAAUCUACAUAAUGUAGUGCAGGCUCACUUGAUGAGCUUGGGAACUGGUGCGUAAAAGGUUAGCGGGGGAGGCUAAAUGCGAAAAAUUAGACAAGGAGGUAACCAGGCAACCGUGGAAGCGGGAACCACCCCUGUGAGCCGCCGCUAACUGGCGCCGUCACUCUGAGAAAAUACUCAGUGGAAGAGAUACUUACCAAGUGAAAUACUUACCUGCGCACCCACAUAUGACAGCAGGGAGAGAGGAGAGAGAGCAAAAAUCCGCAAAGAUUCACUAACACAAAGCUAAAAGGUGAUCUGCAAUGAUCAGCGAGAAUAGCUUGCAAAAUAAAAUGCAAAAGGGUAGUGGCCCUGAAAACCCUAAAUGGGCUGCCCCGCAUGUCACUCAUGCUAAUACAGGAACACCGCUGGCAGCAUUGGCUCGAGGUUAACUUAGCCUAAAUAAAAAUUUAGCCACUUUACAUGUGAUAUUUCAAGUGAGUUAAAUCAAUGGUGACAAUGUUUGAAAAAAUGCAAGUCCUUUUUAGCUCAUGGAUGACAUAGUCAUGCCAUGGGCUUUUGGAGGCACUCGAAUGGCACUCGAUCACUCACUCACUCACUCACUCACUCGAUUCUCACUAAUUAAUUCAUUAAAGUCAGAUUAAACACGUUACUCCUACCUCCCUUGCUUAGUAUUACUUUUUUUCCAAGUGCCUUCUAUGUAUAUGUUUGGAAUAUUCUAGAGGGUACUAGGAAGGCGCAUUUUUUUUCCAGACACAUCAAUUAUAGAGAUGGGUUUUGUAUAAAUAACAAUAUUUUAAAGAACACUGAUAAUAUCAUCCGCAAGAAAUGGACUUAGAAUUGUUAAAAGGACAUUGAAAUAAUUGAGCGUGGAUCAUUGUUGCAUAUUUGGACGAAUUGUGCACAUUUGUUCCCGAUAUUGUACUUGAUAUGGAGAAGAUGCGAUCAACAAGAGUGUGAAAGAGCUAUUGCAGCCUGACGAUGGGAUUUCGUUCAGCGAAUAAGCCAAAGAGCCUUAUAAUCACUGCAAAAAAACUGUCCUUGAAUUGUUAAAGCGACAUUGAGGAGUAUCUAUUUAGGUUUAUUCAGUUAUUUGGACGAACCCGUUCGACCAUUUGUCUUCGUAUGCAAACAGGGAAUGAAUUAAUGUUGUGUCAACUAGAAGCACAGGUUUUAGAACCAACAAGCGUUACGUUGUUUUGCUUGAAUUCUUAGGUGAUCUUUGCCUUAAAGUAGGCUUUUGUUUGUCGGUGAUUCCAUUUAGUAGUGAAAUGCUGCGCUGGUAUAAACAAGUCUCUGGCAAAAGGCAAUCGGAUACUUCGUCUACGUUUAAAUUAUUUGGCUAGGUCAGAGCACGUACUGCUUUGAGCUUAACCCGUUUUACAUGUAUUAAAAUAAUUUUUAGCUCGUGUUUCUCAAAAGCGCGUUCUAAAGCAGUUCAAUUUAGCCAUAAACGCCUGUAUUCUGUAUUUAAUAUAGCUCAUACUGCGUAUACUAACCGUUAUGUACUCAUCAUAUGGAAACAUUUAUUUGAAAGCAUCGCACUUUUAAAACCACGGUUUAAAUAAAACUCAUGUAUGUAAAAGUUGGCUACAAGAAAGUGCACUGUCCUUCGGAAAGUGUUUGACAGUCACAUGAGAAAGCAAAUUAUUUUACAACUAAAAAGCGUUACCGGUACUUAAUAAUUGCUUUCAAAAGUGAUCUUAGUUUGCAUGUAAGUAGAAAUGCUGCACUGAUAAAAAGUUUCUAGAAUAUUCAGGUACACAUGCAAUCGGAUACUUCGAGUCACGCUGUAUUUUGGCAAGUCCGUACACCAUUAUAUGUUUUUCUUUGAUUAUGGAACUGUCUUUUCUACACUAAUUCAAUUCAUCCAUGAGCUCGCUCCUAGGAGCCUUUGAUUAACCCAUUCGCUCCUGGAGAUUUUGCCGAAAAACGCGUUUUGAAGCUAGUCGAGUGGUUUUCUGGUCACUGUCGUGCUAUAAGGGAAAAUUCAUUUAAUAUGACAAGGGGGGGGGAUGAAGAUAUUGAGGGGGGGCUCCGAAAAUUUUUAGACACCCGAAGGGGGGGCUCUGAAAAAAUUGUUCCGCUAGGAGGGGGGGCUCUGAAAAUUUGUAUACUUCUAAACCAACACAUGACAUCAUCAUACAGAUCGGAUGGUUUUCAACUCAACAAUUUAAUGACCUGUGCAACUCAGCUAUAUCACGUGGUUUACAGAUAUAACAAAUGUAGUCUCAGUAAUUAUUACACUCUUGUUCAUCCCAAAAAUGCUUUAGAAAAUUGUAUCACAACUGUAUCUCAAGUUUGUCAUAGUAUAAAUCAUUGAAGACAAUAACGGUAAAUAUAUUUAAUACAGUCUAGCGAUCUUUUCUCAGGGGAGCAAAGGAAUUGAAGGAGGGGGGGGCUCUGAAAUUUUUUCCACUACCAAGGACGGGGCUCCUAAAAAAUUGAACCGCUAGCGAGGGGGGCUGCUAAAAUUUUAAGCUUCGAGUUUCAAUAUCUUCAUCCCCCCCCCUUGUCAUAUUAAAUGAACUUUCCCUAAAGAGCUAAAACUUACCACAAACCAGUUUACAGGUGGUACACUUGGCGGCCUUCUGAUCCAGAUGCAAAAUAUCAGCUUGCGAAGUUCGGGCAUGCGCAGAAAGCAAAAUUUCGACAUAGUUUUUGGGUUUAAAAGUGACACAGCAGUCUUGACUUUUACUUUUCGCUUUCUCUCCUCCCUUCUUUUUUCGCUUUUCUUGCCUCAUUUUUUUUUUCUCUUGCUGGGCAUUUAGUAGGCUUCAUUUUGGUGGGAAGAGUUUUUAGGAAAGCUUUUAGGAUCUUAGGAUUAGGUGAAAGGAAAGGUAGGUGGGUAAUGGAACAAGAUUUUCAUGGAGAUUUUCAGGUCCUUGUCACGUGGUUUUUUGCUUCUUUCUCCGGUGUCCUUGACUGAAUUGUGCUCAUUCUGGUAUGGUUUGAAAGAUCUCUUCACUCUGCACACAUGUGCGAAGAAAGUUGUCCUUGACCGUCAAAACUGAUGACGUCACAAAGGGUAGAAAGGACCUGGAUCCGCACGGGCGGUUACGGGCGGUUCAGGGACGAAUGGGUUAACAGUGAAAUUUUCCCUGCCUGUUGCCAUCAUCAUUGCUAAAGCACCCUGUGGUAGAUCACAGAUUGGCAAAACAUCUCAAAAUCUUCAAAAUGUUGUAAGAAAAACCCUGCUUGCCCCAUUUAGGGUUGGAGAAUCUUGAUAUUUUUUUAUAACCUCAUUUCUAUGAUCUAUAGAUUCUGAAGUGUUUGUCUUGUUUUGAGCUAUAACCAAGUUGUGCGGGCGACAAGAGGAGCCCAUAAUCCUAAUCUGCAGGUUGUUAUGACUCAUGCGUCGCAUGUCUGUAGCCAGCAUUCAUUUGGAAUUCCACUAAGAAUGAAUGGAAUGCACCAAAUGCAAUUUUGUCGUAGACGUUUGGACCUUCUACCAUUGUAAUCUGAUACCAUGUAUUUUAAGGUGAAAUUCACUUAAAAGUACAGUGCUGGAGCAAAAGCAUUAGCCUGCAUUUGGACCUCCGAUCGCUGUCACCUGCACUCCGUAACCUUUGGUUAUUACUAGUGCUAUAUAUUCCGGUACUCUAAUGUUUUACUGUUACUGGGGCAUAGGUUGUCAAUUGUUUCAGUGAGUUUGACAUUGUUACAGUAUUCAAUGGUUUGUUGUAUCAACGUGCCACUGUACUGACCAAUUUAUGGUAAUACUUUUCAGUAAGUUAAGAAUCAAACUUGGACUUAAGCCACUUGAAAUCCCUGAUUCAUCAACAGACACAGAA